AUGCGAUUGAACUUACGUUCCGCCAUCAACCCAUUCAUCCAUCUGCUUAUCUGUCUAUUCACAUAUUUCUGCAUCAUUGCGAGCAGUUUUGGGGGCACGGUCUAUGCUGCCGAGGAUCCACACUCACAUGAAGCAGCUCUCAAGAACCCCGAUGGGACAUGGAAGUGGACGAAUGCCCUCAUCGGUGAAACGAGCCCUUACCUGCUUCUGCAUGCCCACAAUCCGGUUGACUGGUAUCCUUGGGGACCUGAGGCGUUGGACCGGGCGAAGGCUGAGAACAAACCGAUUUUCCUUUCUGUGGGGUACUCUACCUGCUACUGGUGUCACGUUAUGGAACGGAAGGUGUUCUCAGAUCCAGAGAUAGCCAAUCUGAUGAAUGCCUUGUUUAUUAACAUCAAGGUGGACAGGGAAGAACGCCCAGAUAUAGAUGAGAUUUAUAUGACCGCCACCCAAAUCAUGACGGGAUCUGGCGGUUGGCCCAACUCUGUUUUUUUAACGCCUGACCUUCUUCCCUUUUUCGGAGGGACCUACUUCCCACCGGAGGAUAGUCGGGGUCGUCCCGGUUUUCCGAGAGUCUUGAACGCACUUCAUGAGGUGUGGAUGAAUCAACAAGCGGAUGUCAUUGCACAGGCAGAGAAGAUAACGGAAGUUAUCGUACAGGCGACGGCUGCCACCCCGGCUUCCGCCGAGGAAACGCCGCUGGAUAGGAAGCUAGUUUCGGCGGCGGUGAAAGCCCUUCAAUCGAGUGUCGCAAAAUCGCUCAAAAAGUCGGAGGAGGACCUCCACAGCCAACUUGAACCGCUCAAAGCGAAACUACUCACGACGCGAGAGAAGCGGAAACAACCCCUGCUCGAUACAAAAGUAAUCGUAAGCUGGAACGGGUUAAUGAUUGAUGCGUUUGCCUACGGCUACGAAGUUCUCGGCGAUAAACGGUAUCGUGAUGUGGCGGAGAAAGCUGCCCUGUUUAACCUGAAACACCUCCGAACGGCCGAUGGACAACUGAUGCGGACCUACAGGGAUGGUGUCGCCAAAUACAACGGCUACCUUGAUGAUUAUGCCUUUCUCGUUCGCGGCUUGUUGGGUCUACAUCAGGCAACGGGUGAGAAAAGUUGGUUGAAUGAAGCAAAGUCCUUAACCGACACAAUGAACCAGUUAUUUUGGGAUGACAAAAAUGGCGGCUUUUACUUCACGCUUGCCAACCAAAAACAUCUGGUUGUGCGCACCAAGAAUCCUUACGACUCCGCUCUCCCAUCGGGGAAUGCGGUAGCGGCUAAUAACCUACUCAUCCUCGCACAUCACCUUGGCGAGAAGGAUUAUCUGGAUAAGGCGGAAAAAACACUUCAGAACUUCGCGGGCAUGAUGGAACAGUCGCCUAGUGCUUUUAUGCACAUGCUUUUUGCUACAAAUCGUUAUCUUUCGACGGACUGGACCAAAGUCGGGGCAGCACCCCAAGAAGAGUCAGCCCAAUUCGGUUUGAACACGGAGGGGAGAAGCACGAUUAACCUCUUUGGACUGCCGAAAGCCCCAGUGGCUUUACCUUCAGAGCACGAACUGUUGACGCUCGCAGCCUCCAUACCCUCGAAAGGGGCUAUCUUCCCCGGAAACGCCUUUGAUGUGGAGGUACAGCUUGAACUCGCUGAAGGGUGGCAUAUCAACGCCAAUCCCUCUUCGUGGGAUCUGCUGAUUCCUACAACUGUGUCCGUCAGCCUGAUGCUUCCGUCGAAAUCUUGUCGGUCACAUACCCCAAGGGGAAGCCGUUCCACGCAGAUUGGAGGGAGGCUCCAAUUUCCAUCUAUGAAGAAGACGCCACAAUCGAGAUGA